AUGCCUAACCAGCCAAGACUUGUUCUACCGUCCGGACCAGGGCUGUGUUAUACUGACUCUACACACAGAAUACUAUAUUCGGUAGAUUCGGAUGGGUUUGCGUCACUUUCGUUGCUCAAUCGCAGUUGGUAUCACCUGGCACAGAAACAAGAGCUGUAUGCUCACCAUUUGUCGCGAUGCCCUUCAUAUGCACUAUCCAACAAUGUCAUCACGGGUCCGUUUCGACGAAAUGAUCUCUAUCGCCUGAAAACCAAGUUCGCGGCCGAAGUCAGGAGGAAUCUAUUCGAAGCAUAUAUGCGACCUCGACGGACACUGAUCAAUCUCAUCUCGGUCAAUGCAAAUUCAUCAGCAGCUUUUCCUGGUGGAGAAGCAUUUCGCUUCGCAUUCUCUCCCAACGGACAGACUAUCCUAGCGUUGAGCUCGUCCCGUAUAUACGUGCUGGAUGCAACAACGGACAAUAUAGUGGUCCGGAAGGAGCUGAAAACACUUAGAAGACCCAUCGCUGCGUCCAUCACGGAUGAUGGCUCGCUUCUCGCCGUCCUAUCCUCGAGGCAUCAGGUCAACGUGUACGGUCUUACACCGGAGGGUCCAAGGCAUCUCCAAGUUCUGGCGCUGAACGAUCCACCGCGUACAAUAGCCCUGGCUCACGAGGGGACGGUCCUUGCCGCAGCAUACGAAGGUUUAGUCGAAGUGUUCUCAUUGGCGGCGAAUGCUCUGUCAACCGAUCGCAGGGCAGUGCGAAGCGAAGCAAUGGAUACCCUACAGUUUUCGGGCGACGGCUCGAUGCUGGUAGGAAGCUCUCAGAGCUUGGAUGAGCCGAAUGCUGUUGUUAUCACCGCACCUUUCUACACCGAGAACGAUCCAGAUCUGAGCUCGCGGGAAAUCCACAGUCGGAUGUGGACAACACAGAUCCUCUUUCCUCAGAUCAGCAGCGUCUGCAGCCACGCAGAACUGUUGCAAGGGCAUAUUGAAGGCGAUGCCAAUUGGCUAUUUGCCUACGACCACAGUCUCAUGUCAUAUCGAGCUGUCCGGACUGAUGACACACGCACGGGCGUCGCGUAUUUCCUCAACCCUCCAAUCAACCGGAGAUUCAGUCUCCCUUCGCCGUCGACAGCACCGACCGCCUCGGCUUGCGGAACUUUGGUUGCAUCUGGAUAUCAUGGUAGCGGGAUGUGGAUUUAUGGCGUGCCAGAAAGACUCGACAUCAGUCCUGACAUGGGAUCGGUGGUCGAACGCCACGAGGAGCGAAUGAGAGGUCGUGUUCACCUCACUACAGCUACCGGACACAUCGAGCCCCUAAUGGCCUACUCUCCUUCGGUAUCAGGCAGCAGUGAUGAGAUGGAAGGCCUUGAUUCAUUGGCUCAGAAGGUCGACUGGCGCCAGAGUUUGUUUGUCAAAUGUCGGGGUGUCAACAGCUUGGAAGGAUGCUCUGCUGCGAAGUGGGUAGAGCGGACUGAGGCUCGAAAAUUCGGCUUUUCCGGCAAACGUUUGGUCGUGGUGGCACCAGGCGGCGUUAAUUCGUUUGGUGAAGAGCUGGGAGAGGAUGUCAUGCCCGUCGACGGUUCGAGGAUCUGUCUGCUCGAUUUUGACUAUGUUCCUUCGUCUCUGCAGGAUCGCGAGAUUACGAUAGAAGUCGGCGACAAGAUGCCCGAACUACUGACUGAGCACUCGGGAGACAUCGAUACCGAGGUUGCCCUGGAGAGGCGAAGGACUGUACGCGGCUCCGGUCCUCGCAGCGCACCGCGAGGACCUCUUGGCCGUUCACAAACAGCUGCCUCGCCCCCCGGCAGCAGCUACUUCGGAGCCAUGCCGCUCCGUCCGAGUGCUUCCCAGCCAUCAUCGCCGAGCGAGGGUGUAAAUACUCCUCCUGUGCCACUGCCUCCGACGAAUUUACACCGAAGCAAUACCUCGGGCGGCUUUCGCGCAGCGCGAUUUCCACCACGUCCCCCAUUGGGCCAGGACUACGGAGGGAAUGCCACCAAUCAGCCGACAGGACCAGGAAGACGCCCCUCACAGGACAGCUGGGAGACGCCGCCUCCUCCAUAUUCGUCAGGGGGCCAGGGGCACACUCCUACUAGCCCCCCAUUCAUGAAUUGGCCGCACCUCCCCAAUGGUGGCGUAAGCAGUAAUUUUGGCGGCCCUGCGAUGUAUCCGCAGCCGCCACGCGGGCAACAGAUACAGGCAGGCAAUAUCCCAGGACCAACUGCAGGCUAUCACAAUAGUGCAUUACUGGCACCACGAUUGCGGGGACAACAUCUGGCCACGGUAUCGGAAUCUGCCAUCCCUCAUCGACCGCCUAUGCCGGUGCCGUUUGCUGGUGUUAGCCCCGAGCAUACCAGGUCCGGCGCAGCAACGCCAGAUCGGCCAUCCCCAGAGGAGACACAGCCUAUGAUGAGGGCGAACAUGAAUGAACCCAUGUCAUCGCCCACACCUCAUGUGUAUCCAGCCGGACCUGGAGUGCACUCGCAGGCGGAGCGCCCUAAGCCACCAGCCACGGGAGGAAUUACGUUGACCGGUGCCAACUUGCAGAACAGGUUGAACCAUCCCGUGCCACCACCGCCUCCAGGCAGUCAGGAUCAGCAGCGGUCUGUAUCGGCGCCGCUCUCUCAAAACCAGCCGGCUGGCUACGGCUACAGUGGUCCAACGCCAGGGCAAUUGUCUAAUCUUGAGCGGAGAGUGUCCCAGACGCAACGUCGACCACUGAACGUAAUGACUAAUGGCACCUCAUCUAACCUUGCUGCUGUAACCCCUUCCCCUCCUCGCGGCGCAUGGGGAGCGGCGGGUGUACCUGGCUCACCGAGCUUCAAUCGCGCCAUCACGACGCCAAACGGUCUCGUACGCCCCGGUUCUGGAGGAACCGGUGUCUCCAUACCGACUUCCAGCUCCACGCCAAAUCUCCACGCCCCAGGACGGCCAAAGUAUGGACGCCUUGACACGAUCGAAAGUAUGGGUAGCCAGCCUGACCACCAGGGUCCUAUUCGGAUGCGAGCAUACAGCGUGGAAGAAGCUAUACCAAGUCCCAUCAGAGAGCAUCUGGGUGCAACAUAUGAGGCUACGAGGGCGGGGACCGACCCGUUGACAUUCAAUCGUGGGAAGGGUAAGAAGAAAAAGGCGAAGAGUGAGGGUUGGAGUGGUCAAAGUGAGGCCGGAACAUCAACCGUGAAGAAGAGAGGAAAUCGCUGUGUGGUCAUGUGA